UUUCAGUGUAUGGAAAAAUGUCAGCCAUGAAUCGUCAGUCGUCCUGGGAGGCUAAAAAGGAUAAUCUGAGGAAGUUCUCCGGCCAGGUUCUUCAUGUUGUAAAAGACAAUGAGAUUUUCAGAUAUCGUGUUGAUGAUUCAGGAAGAAUAUUACACGAACAAUUAGAAAAGGCCCGUGGCGUGGCCCAGCGUAGUUGGAGGAAGGUUGUAACAGGAGAUCCAGAGAAGAAAGUCCGCGAUUACAUGACUGAAGUUCCGCAGGUUAAGCUGAUUGAUAAACUUUCCUUCACCUUUGGAGUGGCUUCUAUGAUAAUUAUAGAAUUUCUAGCACUUAGGCAUCCAACAUAUUUUACACCGUUUUAUUAUUUUCUGAUGUCUUGCCUUGUCGGAAACAGAUACUUCCAGUAUAGAGAAGAGAACUCAGAGUUCUUUAUGUUAGAUUUCUGCUACUUCAUGAACCUAUCUGUCAUUGUUCAGACGGCUUUCUUCCCGAACUCUCUCAUGUGGUUUUAAAAUAUAUUCUUG